AUAAAGCCAAUAAAAAAGCAAGCUUCCCCGUCGUCGUCAACACAGAGGAGCACAAACAAGACGCAACAAAUUCCCCAGCGCUACCUCGAUCAACCGCGCUAGGGGAGGGUAACCAAGGCCCCAGCCGCGAGAACAAGCAGCCGGUCGGAGAUGCCGAAGAACAAGGGGAAGGGAGGCAAGAACCGGAAGCGUGGCAAGAACGAGGCGGAUGACGAGAAGCGCGAGCUGGUGUUCAAGGAGGACGGGCAGGAGUACGCGCAGGUGGCCCGGAUGCUGGGCAACGGCCGCUGCGAGGCGCUCUGCAUCGACGGCACCAAGCGCCUCUGCCACAUCCGGGGCAAGAUGCACAAGAAGGUGUGGAUCGCGGCGGGGGACAUCGUCCUCGUGGGCCUCCGCGACUACCAGGACGACAAGGCCGACGUCAUCCUCAAGUACAUGAACGACGAGGCCCGGCUGCUCAAGGCCUACGGGGAGAUCCCCGACACUGUCAGGCUCAACGAGGGCGUCGUCGACGAGGAGGACUCCGCCGGGCAGGACGACUACAUACAGUUCGAGGACGAGGACAUCGACAAGAUCUGAUCACCCCUCCUCGUCGAUACCUCCCUCGGCCGGCCGUGGUAAUUGGUAUACAGCAAACAAUAGCUAUCUGAUUCUGUUGUUGUGAUGGUUAUGCUUGUCUUCGUGACUAGUAAGAAAAUAUGCAACGUGGUAUUGUGACUUGUGUUGUGUGAUACCGGCGGCGAGGCCUCCGAGGCCUGUGUAAAAGGAUUUGAGGGCCGUUCUGCUUCUGCCUAAUAAUCGUGGGUCCAAAUGAUGCUAUAAGUAAUAACAUGAAUGGAUUGGAAUUGAAUCAAAUUCCUCAUUUUUGUAAUGUAAUUGGGUGCGAUUUAAUUUUGUUUU